AUGCAAGGUACCUCAAGCCAAACUGUUGGAAUAUUUAAAAGGCGUGGGUACGAGUAUCAAGGAGAACGAGACCCCUGGAUUGGAUUGUGCUGUUGUGAAGACCAAGUUCCCUGGAAUUUACAGCAUCUCGACAACGGACUUCUUCUACCCUUCCGUGGAUGA